AUUGCUUAUCAUUACUGUGCCUGAAUUUUCGGAGCAGAGCGCCCUUCACUAGGUUACCGGUACAGCUGGUGGGUUUGGUUGCCCAGCCUGUACCACUAGGGGCUUAAAACCUACUUGGCUUCUAUUUUUUUUUUAGAGAUUUCACAUUUUGGCAACAUAUUUGAAGGUGAUCCCAUCCUUACAUGCCGAGGCAGAGAUGAAUCGAUGAGGUGUCAGCGACGUUACACCCACAACUAUCCGCUCUGCGAUCGACUCGUUGUGCUGAAGUAAGUUCCCUCGCCAUGGCGAAGAGUCCUGAGGUGAAACUGGCCGUCUUCGGAAGAGCAGGAGUGGGAAAGUCAGCCCUGGUGGUGAGGUUCCUGACCAAGCGCUUCAUCUGGGAGUACGACCCCACGCUUGAGUCCACAUACCGACAUCAAGCCAACAUUGAUGACGAGAUGGUCAGCAUGGAGAUUCUGGACACAGCUGGCCAGGAGGACCAGCUGCAGAGGGAGGGCAACAUGCGCUGGGGUGAUGGCUUUGUCCUCGUCUAUGACAUCACGGACCGUGGCAGCUUUGAGGACGUGGCCCCGCUGCGCGGAAUGCUGGACGAGGUGCGGCGUCCCAAGCUGGCGCCGGUCGUGCUGGUGGGCAACAAGGCUGACCUGGAGCACGCGAGGCAGGUAGCCACGGAAGAGGGCGAGCGGCUGGCCGCCGACAUGGCGUGCGCCUUCUAUGAGUGCUCGGCAUGCGCCGAGCACGCAGGCACGGGCGGGGGUGUGGCCGAGGCCUUCUACGAGCUCUGUCGCGAGGUGCGACGGCGGCGGGCCGUUCAGGGCAAAGCCCGCCGCCGCAGCUCCACCACUCACGUCAAGCAGGCCAUAAACAAGAUGCUGACCAAGAUCAGCAGCUAGAGCCUCCACCCACUGGGCAGUGGGUGGGGGAGGGACAGGGUGGACAGAGGUGGAUGAGGAGGAGGAUGAGUGGCUGGGGUGAGGGGCCUGGAGUGGAAUCUGGCUCUGGGUCCAAACGCUUCAGGCAGAAACUCAGAAUCAUGCCAGAAGUUUAGGGAAAUUAUGGUUGAGCCUUUUCUGGGCAGGUAGAAGAAAACAUUACCAUCUUUUCCAGCUGGGAAUGUUUUGUUCCUGAUGACAGGAAGAGUGGAUGGAAUGCGCUCUGUCUUAAAAACUUGAUCUGCUACACAGUGUGCUGUGUGUAUACCAUAGUCCAUCGUAAAGAUAAAAAAGAGAUGACAGGCUGUAUCGGUUUCUGUAUCAGUUUCUGUGCCAUGGCGUGUUUUGUACAACAGUGCUUUCCUACACUCUGAGGCCUCUCCAUGUGUACUUGUUCUCUGAGAUGUAAUGAAGGAUUCACUGAAACAUCAGCAGAGAUAUAUGGGAGUAACAGAUCUCUAUACAGCCUGCCCUUUAUGCCUGCUGUUUGGUGCAUGUUGACCUAACCAAAAUCCUCUUUGAGCUGGGAUUGCAGUUAUUAAAUAAACCGUCAUCCACCUUCAUAAUAUAGUCCAAAAUAUAGACUUUUUAAAAUUUAUUUAUUUUUUUAAAAUCAAACGAAGUAAGCCUCACUACAAUGGACCCUCCCACUACAACCACCUUGGAAUGUGUCUAUAUCUUUGUUUUCGGACCUCUUAGAGAUUCUAUCUCGGCGUGGGGGUGGGGGGUGAGGGGUUGUUCUCUCUCUCCAGAACAAAAUAAAGCAGGAAAGCUAUGCCUCGUGGAGAGAUGUUUUUAACCAUAUUUUCUGUUCUUAUCAGUACCAUGUUGCUACCCACAUGAGUGUAUAUAUCAGCAGCUCUUUUCCUGUGUCUGUUCUUGGUCAUUUUUGAUCCAGAUCAAAACACCUUUAAUAAUAAAUAUUAUAUAUUACUGCCUUAAUAUCGGAAAUGAAAGAAGAUUAUUCAUCUAAUGACAUGACAUAUCAAAGCAAUUAAGGCUGAAUUAGGCAUGGUAACAGGUGACAGGUGUAUUGCAGGUAAAUGCCAAUUGGUUUUUGUUUGUUUGUUUGUUUGUUUGUUUGUUUGUUUGCAUUAUAAGAUAUGAUCAGACUGAGAUGACAGACCACACUGUCCCUCUUCCUGAGCACUUGUAAUAAGGAUGAUGAAUAGAAAAAUAUAUAUAAAUAUAAACAAGUGUUGUAAAAAGAAAAUAAACAACUUUUCUCCC